UAGCUAUUUGUCAGCCAGCAUACCAAUAGACUUCAUCUGAAGCUGGCUGCACACUUAAAACUGCCAGAAAAAUAUUUAUGUCAGUUCAGCCUCAAGACAAAAGAUUUAUGCUUCUGAGCACAGACACAAAGUGUGAGAGGGUGUCACUCACUUAGCUGCAGAACAGCUUCUCUCUAUAAUAAGGAAAGGGGGUGGAAUUUUUUUUUUUUUAUUAUUUUAUUUUAUCUUGUUUGUUUCUGACAGGUUUAUAAUGGGACUAUGGCUUGGGAUGGUAACAAUGGCUGCUCUUUUGUGUCGUGUGGGGGUCCGGUCUUCUGGCUGUCUCUUGUCUUCCUCUUCCAUGUUAAAUUAUACUGAAGAAGGUCACAUCUUAUUAGGAAUGAUUGGCCCUGUAAAUUCAGUUUCCACUAAGUCUGUCAUUACCUUCACUGCUGAGCCGCCUCCUUAUACCUGUGACUCGUUCAAGAGAGACCAGUACAAGUCCAUUCUUGCUUUGCUUUUUGCAACAAAGGAGAUUAAUCAAAAUAAUUUCCUGCCGAAUAUUACCCUGGGAUUCUACAUGUAUGAUUCCUGUUUCUCUGAGGCAACUUCUCUUAAGUCAACACUGCAAGUUGUGACAGGAGGUGGGAAUCCUGUACCUAACUACAAGUGUGGCCUCCUACGUAGGGUGCCUGCUAUCAUUGGGGAUCCCUUAUCUAGCUCUAUUGUGUCCAUGUCAAGGGUGCUUGGACUGUGGAGGAUACCACAGGUGAGCUAUGCUGCGACUCUUCCAAAUCUGAGCAACAAACAAGAGUUUCCAUCUUUCUUGAGGACAACAGUCAGUGUAAACAGUCAACCACAGGCCCUCAUUGACUUGUGUCAUACAUUUGGGUGGACUUGGAUAGGUAUACUUAUUUCUUCAACAGACUAUGGUACACAAGGUGGGGUCUCCCUUAAAAAAGAGGCUGCUAAGAAUGAGGUUUGUAUCGCCUUUUAUGAAACCAUUGCCUUGGAUUCCAGCACAAAAAGGAUGCCAAAAAUUAUAGAGAAUGUUCGAAAGUCAACAGCCUCAGCAGUAUUUCUAUUUGUCUCUCCUCCAGAGGCCAAUGCUAUAUUUAUCGAGGUUCUUCUUCAAAACGUUACUGGAAAAGUGUGGGUUGGCAUCGAAGCCUGGUUCACAUCCCCUGUAUUUUUGCAGACUGAUUUUUGGAACAUACUAAACAAUACUAUCGGGAUAGCAAAAAGCAGAAAGAUUCUACCACAAUUUUCAGACUUUCUCCAAAACCUUAAUCCAUCUGUUUAUCCUAGAAUGUUGUCUAUCCAACAGUUCUGGGAGAGGACUUUUAACUGUAAAUGGCCCCUGUAUAACAGCAGUUUAUCUAAUGCAGGCUCCAGCACAGGAGCUUGUACUGGUUUUGAGAAGAUAGUAACUGAUGACAUCACAGAACUCAAUGACCCAACCUCCCAGGUUGUGUACAUGGCCCACAGUGCCCUCUAUGUGGUUGCACAUGCUCUCCAAACAUUGCUAUCCUGUAAGCCUGGAGAAGGUCCUUUCAGUGGAAAAUCUUGUGCUGACAAGCAAGCUAUCCAGCCUUGGCAGCUUUUGCAUUACAUGAAGAAAGUUCAUUUUGUUAACACUGCAGGAGAGGAGGUGUCAUUUGAUGCUAAAGGAGAUAUCCACGGGUACUUUGACAUCUUGAACUGGAAACUGAUUGGAAACAAAGCUCAAUAUAUACAAGUUGGAACCUACAAUGAGUACGUUAGCAGCGGCCCAAAACUUUUCAUUAACACCACUGCCAUCCGGUGGCCAGGUGGACUAAGAAAGGUGCCACGUUCUGUGUGCAGUGAUGACUGUCCACCUGGCUACAGGAAGGCACCACAGAGAGGACAACCUGUUUGCUGCUUUGACUGCGUGCCAUGUCCAGAAGGUAUGAUUUCCAAUGAGACAAAUUCGGUUAACUGUCAAGCAUGUCCAGGAGACGAGUGGCCAAACAGCAGAAGAAACAAAUGUGUUGCUAAAGUCAUUGAAUUCCUCUCUUAUGAGGAACCACUUGGUCUAGUGAUGACUUUAUUCUCUGUCUUGUUCUUUGUCAUCACUGUGAUGGUGCUGUGCAUAUUUCUUAUUUUUCGGAACACAGCCAUGGUAAAAGCCAACAAUAGGAACCUCGGCUAUCUUCUCCUUUUGUCCCUAAAGUUUUGCUUUCUUUGCUCACUGAUGUUCAUUGGCUACCCCACCAGACUGAAUUGUACUGUCAGACAAUCUCUUUUUGGAAUCACAUUCUCAUUUUGUGUUUCUUGUAUCCUGGCAAAAACGAUCAUAGUUGUCAUCGCCUUUAAAGCCACCAAACCGGGGAGCAAUCUGAGGGUGUGGGUCGGUUUCAAGACAGCCAUCUUUGUUGUUACUAUCUCCACCUCCUUCCAGAUGGUCAUUAUUUUGGUAUGGAUGGCAAAAUUUCCACCUUUCCUGGAACAUAAUCACCAAGUCUUGGUUGGUACCAUCCUUGUAGAAUGUAAUGAGGGUUCAGUAGUUAUGUUUUACUGCACAAUAGGGUAUUUGGGUGUCUUGGCUGCCAUAAGUUUUGUGGUUGCUUUCCUAGCCAGGAACUUACCAGACAGCUUUAAUGAAGCGAAAUACAUUACUUUCAGCAUGUUCACCUUCCUGAGUGUUUGGUCAACUUUUAUUCCAGCUUAUCUUAGCACAAAGGGUAAAUAUAUUGUUGCAGUUGAGAUUUUUGCCAUUUUGUUGUCAAGUCUUGGACUUUUGUGUUGUAUAUUUGCUCCAAAAUGUUAUAUAAUGCUUUUAAAACCUAUGAUGAAUACAAGAGGGUAUUUAAUGUCUAAAAACAAUUAAAAUUUGAACAUGCUUUGACACUAGAACUGAUCAUCUUUUUAUUUCAUAUUUUGUAGC